CAAAUACGUAAAGUGGUGGUCGCGGUCGAGCAAACUUUUUUUUAAAGUUUUGGAUAGUUUGGUACCCGGUGACACGUGCGUUGCAUGGAUUGGCUGCGUCCUCAAUGAUAUUUCUGUUUAACUCAGAGAAUAAACAUUUAAUUUAUAGUUUCAAAGAUGUGGGUUUUCAUAUUUUUAUACUCGUUAGUAUUUUGCUCAAGUCCGAUUGCUGCAGAUAAGCAAGUAAACAAAUAUGUGACAACGUUAAUAGAUGCCAAGUGGAAGGAAACUCCCCUUACACUUGAAGUAGCUGAAUAUCUCAGUGAUGAAAGUCAGGACUAUUUCUGGGGUUUUGUUGAUGAAAUAUCAAACCAUCCAAAUCCAUUGCCUGAAAAUGCCUCGGAUAAAGAAACUUAUGACUUCGUUAUUGGAGUGGCAGAGAAAUUCUUGUCUCCAGCCGAAAUAGCUGUACUCAAAUUUGGGCUCUCUCUGAGGACAUACUCAGCAAGAGUUGAGAUGUUCAGCCAGAUGGCAGAGAACAAAGAUCUCUCUAGUUUAGGAUGUAGCAUUGUUUUAGAUAUUGGUGGUAACUUGACUUGCUCAUUAGACGAGUUGGAAGACUUGAUAAAUCAGCUAGUGAAAAAGAAAAUAAGCACUUAUAGCGUGGAUCACCACUAUCAUGGUGGAGAACAAUCGGAUAAAACUGUGAUUCUUUAUGGUCAGAUGGGAACACCAGAGUUCCUUGAAUUUCAUAAUAAAUUAAAGUCAUUGGCCGAACAAAAAAAAAUCGAUUAUGUUCUGCGUCAUUACAUAAAGCAUCGAUCAGACAGGAAAUUACGACUAUCAGGAUAUGGGGUGGAAUUGCAAAUGAAAUCAACUGAAUAUAAGGCUACCGAUGAUUCUGAUAUCAAAGAUAAUUCCGAUAACGAUGCUGAAUCUGCAAGUCCUGGAAUUGAGGAAAUCGAUGGGAUCAAUUUUGGGGUAUUAAAAAAAUUAUAUCCAGACCACCAAGCUGAACUAGAACGAAUUCAUACGCAUUUACUUGAAAACAGUCAUGAGAUUGGGGCUCUCAAAGUUUGGCAAUUCCAGGAGUUGAGUCACCAGGCUGCUGAAAGAAUUAUGAACUCACCUGUCGAUGAGGCAGUUAAUGCUCUCACUGAUAUUGCUCAAAAUUUUCCUAUGCAGGCCAAAUCUUUAAUCAGGACAAAGGUUAAUGCUGAUAUGAAGAAAGAGAUGAAAUUGAACCAAGAGAUAUUUUCUGUGAAGUUGAAUAUUCAACCAACCGACACCGCUUUGUUUGUCAAUGGACUGUUUUUUGACCUAGAAGCUAUAGAUAUUCUUACUCUCUUAGAAGCGUUACGUGCGGAAUUACGGGUAAUGGAAUCACUUCAUAAAAUUGGGUUUAACAAUAAAAAAAUGGGAAAGCUCCUAGCUCUAGACCUGUCGAACAGUGGAGACAACCAAGAUUUUGCAAUGGAUAUUCGAGAUUCAGCAAUCAUAUGGGUUAACGAUAUCGAAAACGAUUCCAGAUACAAGAGAUGGUCACCUUCACUUACCGAGCUUCUACGGCCAACGUUCCCCGGCAUGCUCAGAAACGUUAGAAGAAACCUGUACAACUUGGUCAUAAUCAUAGAUCCUCUCAGCAAAGAGGCAACGCCACUUAUCUCCUUGGCAGAGUCACUUUACGCGCACUCAGCACCACUUCGUGUCGGUUUUGUUUUUAUCACCAACUAUGAUACUUCUGUAACAGGACAGACGGAUGCUAGUGUUGCAGUAAAUAAUGUGUAUCAUUACUUUGCUGAGACCCUUGGGCAUAAAGAAGCGAUGCAUUUUCUCUCCGAUCUGGGCUACUUAAUCGAGAAAGACAGAAUAGAUUUGGAUGAGAUCAAAAAGGCGAUAAAAGCUGUAGAUUCAUCUGCCGAUAUAAAUUACAUACUAGGAGAGGAAUCCGAGUAUGAUGUCGGCCGACAUUUGGCAAACGAUUUUGUCAAGCGUUCUGGAUUCAAAAAAUUCCCACAAGCCUUAUUGAAUGGGGUGCCUUUACCUUCGAAUCAGCUCAAUUCAGAAUCAUUUGAAGAAGCAGUACUUGCUACUAUUAUGACCCAAACUCCGACAUUCCAAAAAGCUGUGUAUAGGGGCGAAUUGACUGAGGGAGACGAUGUCAUAGAUUGGAUCAUGAAUCAACCUAAUGUUAUGCCAAGACUAAGCGAGCGUGUUUUGAAAGUGGAGAAAAGUCACUGGCUGAACAUGAUAGGUAGUGUACCGGAAAAUGAUGAAAUUGCAAAGUGGAGUCCACAAGAUACUUCAGCAUGGCUGUUGAAUCAGAUGCAGUAUUUUUAUGUCCCUCGACGCAGCCAUGUACACCAUUUGUUCACUUUCUGGAUUAUAACUGAUUUGAAUUUAGCAGUGGGUCGACAAUUAAUGCGUGAAGCAUUUGAAUAUGUGAAAUCGAAUACGGAUGUGAGAAUUAGUAUUAUUGUAAAUAGCGUGAAUAAUGUUGAUGAUGAACCCGAAAUCGACUUGAACAGAAUCGCACUUGCUGCAUUAAGCGCAUUGCCAAUUGAGGAAGCGACGAAAUUUGUUAAUCAGCUUAUCAUUGAUGACACCGUUUCUCGUAUCACUGCUGGUAGUUAUGAGAUUCAGAAUGAAGAUGUAGAAAAAAAGCUUCAGGAGCAGACCAAAAUUCUAGCAGUGCACAGACACUACGUUCGAAGUGCACUUGACUUAACCAAUGGAGUGAGAGCAGUUAUAUGCAACGGACGUAUCGUUGGUCCCUUUGACGAUGUCGAGAAAUUUACAAGUGAAGAUUUUGCUCUUCUAGAAAGAUUUAGUCAAAUUUCCUAUGGAGAUGAACUGUUCAAAACUUUAACUAAAGUCGACUUGCUAUAUGAAGAUGAUGAUGAAUAUGAGAAAACCGAUCUCACAGAUGACAUGAUUAUGAAAAUUGUGGCACUGUUAGUACCAAGACCUCAAACUAGAAGUCGAUUUGAUGUGAUAUUCCAUGGUGACGAGCAUAGCGCCAUCAAAAUACCGGCAAGUAAUCCGGACAGUGUGGCAUUUCAACUUACUGCCAUUGUUGAUCCAGUCUCUAGAGGAGCACAAAAACUCGGACCUAUUUUGAAUACUCUCAGACAUAGUCUCAACUGUGAAAUAAAAGUAUUUCUAAAUUGCUUAGACAAGAAUAGUGAUAUGCCAUUGAAGAGUUUCUAUCGAUUUGUGCUAGAACCAGAACUCCAAUUCACUGCUGAUGGUCAGAUUUCUGGAGCAGUUGCUAGGUUCAAUAAGUUACCAACAUCUUCACUACUUACCCAACAUAUUCAUGCACCUGAAAAUUGGUUGGUUGAAGUGGUACGCAGCGUUUAUGAUUUAGAUAACAUUAAAUUGGACAAUGUAGCAAUAGGUAUACAAAGUGAAUUUGAAUUGGAGUACCUACUACUCGAAGGACACUGUUUUGAAGCUGUAAUGGGAAAUCCGCCGAGGGGAUUACAGAUAACGUUAGGCACUGAGAAUACACCAGUAAUGGUUGAUACGAUUGUCAUGGCUAAUCUAGGAUAUUUUCAACUGAAAGCAAAUCCUGGCGAGUGGCUUUUACGACUACGUCAAGGGAGAUCUUCUGAAAUAUAUGACAUCACUAGUGUUGAUGGUCAGGAUGUGAUUCAAGAAGGAAACAACAUUAAGGUUGUGAUUAGUUCAUUGCGUAGCCAUGUUUUGAAGUUGAAAGUUUCCAAAAAACCGGACAAAGCCAGUGCAGAUCUUCUAUCAGAAGAAGAACCAAGCUCUGGUCUAUGGAAUUCGAUAUCUAGAACCUUCACGGCUGCUGAUGAAAGCGAAGAUAAAGAUGAAAAGUUGAACAUCUUUUCACUAGCCUCUGGGCAUUUGUAUGAAAGAUUCAUUAAAAUUAUGAUGCUUAGUGUCAUCAAGCAUACGAAGACCCCGGUCAAGUUUUGGUUUUUGAAAAAUUAUCUUUCGCCUACUCUGAAGGAUUUCUUGCCUCAUAUGGCUAACAAGUAUGGUUUCGAAUAUGAAUUGGUGCAAUACAAAUGGCCUCGUUGGCUGCAUCAACAAACUGAGAAGCAAAGAACCAUUUGGGGAUACAAAAUAUUAUUCCUAGAUGUACUCUUCCCGUUAGAUGUGAAGAAAAUCAUUUUUGUUGAUGCCGAUCAAGUUGUCAGAGCAGAUCUGAAGGAGCUCGCUAACUUAGAUCUUGGUGGCGCACCUUAUGCAUACACACCAUUCUGUGAGAGUAGGAGAGAAAUGGACGGGUUCAGGUUUUGGCAGCAAGGCUAUUGGCGAAAUCAUCUGCAAGGUAGACGUUACCACAUUAGUGCUUUGUAUGUAGUAGAUCUGAAAAGAUUCAGACGCAUAGCAGCUGGCGACAGGUUGAGAGGACAAUAUCAAGCCCUCAGCCAGGACCCUAAUAGUCUUUCAAAUCUUGAUCAGGAUCUUCCCAAUAACAUGAUUCAUCAAGUAGCCAUAAAGACUUUGCCACAAGAAUGGCUUUGGUGCGAAACAUGGUGUGACGAUGAUUCCAAAAAAUACGCCAAAACUAUUGAUUUGUGCAACAACCCGAUGACAAAGGAGGCCAAACUACAAGCUGCAAUGCGUAUCUUACCCGAAUGGGUAGGAUAUGAUGAAGAAAUUAAGAGGUUGCAACAAGAAAUAGAAAAUGAGAAUAGACAAACAGAAAGGGAAGAAGAUGAAAAAAGCGAGGCCUCUGUGCACCACGAGGAGUUAUAAAGUGAUCCGGUGAUAGUGUGAAUAUUACAUUUUACUACAAAGUAUGUAGUUAGUUUUGCCAUAACGAGAACUUAUCCAUUCAAGUUUUUGUUAUCAUCUCUGUAACAAUGAAUCAUUGUAUCUAUCGCAAUAUUUUGAAAUAAGUAAAAAGUUUUACGUAA